UAUUAUUAUUUUAGUAGAAAGGCGGUGGUGCUAAACGGAUUAUAAUUACGGGAAAAAAAUUCUCAGAUCCUGACAUGCCUACCAUUUCAAACUAAUUAAUUAUCUUCACGGGGUGGUGACCCGUCUUACCAUCACACUCACUCUCUCUCUCUCUCUCUGUAUAUAUAUAUAUAUAUGUAUAUCUCGAUCUCCCACUUUCAUGCACCAUAAUCUGAUCAUCACGAGUCAUCGCACACUUUACUUUUCUCUACAAAAACCCUCUCUACGUAUAACGUAAUUCAUCAAAUAGAAAUAUUUUCUUCAAACAACACAAAAAGAAAUGCGCACCCACUUCUCUGAAUCAUUCACCUUCUUCUUUCUCUUCAUGAUGAUGAUCUCUGCAACUUCUUUGGCGUCCCGGUUUAUCGGCGGCGGGGUUGGCGGUUACACUGGAACCAAAACGGUGCCGUCUCCUGAAACCUCUACGGGGUCUAACGAGCCAGGCGGGGCUACUGGGUCUGCCAGUGGACCCAACUGGGAUUACAGUUGGGCAUGGGGUUCAAGCCCCGGCAGCGGAUGGGGUUUCGGUUCGGGCUCAGGACGGUCACCCAACGGGUUCGGGAAGGGUUCCGGGUUUGGGUUCGGUACAGGGUCGGGUUCGGGCAGCGGGUAUGGAUUCGGAUUUGGAAGUGGUGGAGCUCACGGUGGAGGAUAUGGCUAUGGAAGUGGAAAUGGAAACUCUGGUGGCGGCGGCUCUGGUGGGACCGGUGGUUCUGGUGGGGGAGGUGGUGGUUCAGGCGACCAUAGCACGCACUCUCCAUGGGAGGCUAAAGACAGAAAUCACCACGGUUAAAGCUUGAGAAGAGCGGUCAUUAUAUAUACAUAUACAUAUAAAGCUAGGCCGCGCUUGCAUGCUUUCUAGCAAAUAUGUAAGAUGGAAUGUGGGAGUUAUAAUUAAGUUAUAGUAUUUUAUGUAGUCUUAUAGUUUUGGUUUCCAGAUAAUAUAUAUAUAUAUAUGUGUGUGUGUGUAACAUAUACACCUGAACCUGACUAAUGCUCAAGAAUACUCAACUUAUAUA